AUGGCGCCUAAGCUUGUUGUGUCUUGUGCAAUAUUAUUCCACCUUCUCUUCUUCUGCGGAACUAGUUCAUAUGCAGCGUCCAGUAUCAAUUUGAUCAAGUAUGGUGCAAAACCAGAUGGAAAAACUGACUCGACCCAGCCGUUCCUCAAGGCAUGGGCAGUGGCAUGCAAGUCAGCUACAGCAGCCACAGUUUACGUUCCGUAUGGGCGCUACUUGGUCAAGGCCGUGGUAUUUAGAGGCCCUUGCAGGAACAGAAUUACAGUUCGAAUAGACGGCACAAUUGUUGCUCCUACCGAUUAUCGUGCACUUGGGAACUCUGGCUACUGGAUCUUGUUCACUAAGGUGAACAGAGUUUCGGUAAUCGGCGGCACUCUUGAUGCAAAGGGUGCUGGCUUUUGGGCAUGCAGGAGAUCUGGAAAGAAUUGCCCCGUUGGAGCUCGGUCCAUAACAUUCAAUUGGGCUAACAACAUUUUGGUCAGCGGCUUAACCUCCAUCAACAGUCAGCUCACUCACUUUGUGAUCAACAGUUGCAACGAUGUGAAGGUUCAAAACGUGAAGCUUUAUGCUCCGGACCAAAGCCCCAACACUGAUGGAAUCCACGUCCAGUCCUCAACGGGCGUGACAAUCACCGGAAGCACCCUUCAAACUGGAGACGAUUGCAUAUCGAUUGGUCCAGGCACCAGGAACCUGGUAAUGAGCUCCAUCAAGUGUGGCCCUGGACAUGGCGUAAGCAUCGGCAGUCUUGGACGGGAUCUCAAUGAAGCUGGUGUUCAGAACGUGACAUUGACAAAUUCAGUUUUUAGUGGAUCAGAUAACGGGGUACGGAUUAAGACAUGGGCGAGAUCAAGCAAUGGGUUUGUGAAAAACGUUGUCUUCCAAAACAUCAUCAUGAACAAUGUUAAAAACCCCAUCAUCAUCGAUCAAAAUUACUGUCCCAGCAAUCAAGGUUGUCCUCGUCAGAGCUCAGGAGUGAAGAUUAGCGGAGUGACAUACAAAAACAUAAGAGGAACAUCUGCAACACAGGAAGCAGUUACAUUUGAUUGCAGCCGUAGCAGUCCAUGCAGGGGGAUCACAUUACAUGACAUAAAGCUCACGUACAUGAAUAAAGCAGCUACGUCGUCCUGCAAAAACGUAGGGGGAACCAGCAGAGGAGUACUUGUGCCCAAGAGCUGCUUAUAAUUACUUUGUUGUAUGCUAGUAAACUUAUGUAAGCUAUUAGGAUCGGCAGUAGGUUCGCACUCGGCAUGGAAGCAAUUAUUAAAGCUUACAUGGUUUGAGUGUUGGUUUCCUUUUCAUUGUUCCACGGUUUUUAAGCUCCAAGCAGUCGAAGGAAGAAAGCGCGCUCAGAGCAUUUUGUGGGGUAGGCUGCAUAUUUAGAAUUGGGCCAAGUUUACCGACAAGGUAAGAAGCAGCUGUCUCAUCAGGCUCUAGUAUGCAUAUCAUACCUUCGUAUCUUGGUCUCUGGGCCAUAAUGAAAGAGAAAAGUGGAAGAUGGUG